GCAAAACACGACUGAGAGAGAAUUACACUAAAAUGGCAGAACAAUUGAUGGGGGUUGGUGAAUGUAUUCUGAAAUUAGUUUGGAAAGCUUUCCAAAGGCUGCAAAAUCUCCCAGAAGGAGUUAAGGAGAUUCAAGAUGAACUUGGCAUGUUGAAAAAUUUCAUGGAGGAUAAAGAGGCUGAUGGUGAAAAUGAUGCCACUGAGCGUAAUAAAAAGAUGCAACUGAGAAAAAUAACCUUUCUCACGGAAGAUGUGAUUGACGAGUAUUUGAUACGUAUUAGAGAAAAGCGACCUCAAGAUGGUCGUGGAUGGCCAGCGUUCCCCUCUAAGGCUGCUUACCACAUCCAAACUCUGAUCCCUCGAUUUAAAAUAUCAUAUAAGAUUGAGAGUAUGUUAUCAGUUGUUCGUAGGACAAACGAGCGUUGCACAAGAGAUCGUCCAAAAUCAACACAAAAUGAAGCAAAUAACACAAUUUCAUCACAACGUGAGGAUCCUCUCAUUAAAGAUGAUGAGAUUGUUGGACUUGCUGAACCUACACAGAUAUUGGAAAAUUUGUUAAGAAAUGGACAAGAAGAACGCACUGUCCUUUUUGUUGAGGGUGCUCCAGGAGUUGGAAAAACCACUCUUGCCAGGCAUGUUUUUGACAACGUCCAUAACGACUUUAAGUGCCAUGCAUUGAUCACAGUGUCUCAAUCCUACGUUGUAGAAAAAGUGUUGAAGGAUAUGAUAUACAUACUUUGCAAGGAACGCGGGGAAGAUCCACCUAACAAUCUACCUUCCCUUCUUCCUACGUUGAAAACAGAAGUCAGAAAUUACUUGCGUGGGAAGAGGUAUGUUCUCUUGUUUGAUGACGUAUGGGACGAAAACUUUUGGGUUGAAAUUGAAAAUGCUUUGAUUGAUGAUAAAAAUUCAAGUAGGAUAAUAAUCACAACAAGGAUAGAGAAUGUUGCCAACUCUUGUAAGAAUUCUACUUUUUUUGUUGAAGAAUACAAGCUUGAAAACCCUUUAACUGAAGAAGAAUCUUUGAGAUUGCUUUAUAAGAAGGCACGUUAUAAUUCUGAUUAUCCAGAAGAACUUAGAGAUAUAGCUCUUGAAAUUGUUAGGACGUGUAGUGCUUUACCUCUAGCAAUCGUGGUCGCUGGAGGACUCUUGUCAGAAAAAGGUGGAAGUGCACAUGAGUGGCGACUGUUUAGUGAAGAAUUGAAGAGGAAUUCUGAGUUAAAUAUUGUGACAAAAAUAAUAGGUUUAAGUUAUGAUAAUUUGCUGAGCCAUCUCAGGUCAUGUUUAUUGUAUUUCGGAAUGUAUCCAAAAGAUUAUGAAAUUGAAUCUGAGAGAUUGGUUAGGCAAUGGGUGGCUGAAGGAUUUGUUACCCACGAAGAGGGAAAAACUUUAGAAGAAGUUGCACAUAAAUAUUUACUAGAGUUGGUUCGUAGAAGUUUGGUGCAAGUGUUAUCAUUUUCCAAGAAAGAAAAAGUGAAAAAAUGUCGUGUUAGUGACUCAAUACACAAUAUGAUCCGUACAAAGAUGAAGGAUACAUGGUUUGGUGGCGGAGGGCAUGAUCAAUCUGAGUCAAGUGAAUUGGUUCGACGUCUGACAAUUCAAGCCAACAAUGAUUUAAAUAGACGUAUUAAAAGAUCACACAUUCGGUCAAUUAUAAGCAUUCCAGGAAAACAAGAAGAAUCAUGGUAUUCCGAUUUGGAAAGGAAUAUUCUUAAAGAUGACAUGCCAUUGAAGGUACUUGAUUUUGAGGGUUGUGGAUUACCUUGUGUUCCUAAAAUGUUGGGGAAUUUAAUCUACCUGAGGUAUUUAAGCUUUAGGGGGACGCAGAUAAAAGUUCUUCCAAAAUCCAUAGGCAAGCUCGUGAACUUGGAGACCUUGGAUAUACGACAAACGCAAGUGUGUAAGGUGCCGAAGGAGAUCACAAAGCUUAGAAAGUUACUGCAUCUUCUGACACCUGACUCUGCAUUUUCUUCAAUUGAAUGGAAGGAUAUUGGAGGCAUGACAAGGCUGCAAAAGAUACCACAAGUGCGUAUGGAGGGUGAUGGAGUGGCCAUUAAAGAGGUAGGGAAGUUAAAGCAGUUAAGGGUUCUGAGGGUGCUUUGUUUCGGCGCAGAGCACAUUACUUCACUUUUCAACUCAAUCAAUGAGAUGAAACACUUGCAAGCACUACGCAUUGAAAAAUCUGGUGAUCGCAUUGACUUGAACACUGAGACAAUGUCUGGUGAGUGUAGACUUAGGAAGCUUUUCCUUGAUAUGAAGUUAGAAACGUUACCAAAUUGGAUUCCCCAACUCCGUCAUCUUGAGAGAUUGACCUUGCGCCACUCUGACUUAACCAAUGAUCCCUUGGAAUCACUAAAAGAUAUGCCUAGUUUGUUGGUGCUCUCUUUAUCCCACGCUUAUGAAGGUCAAACUUUGCAUUUUCAACCGGGAGGGUUCAAGACACUGAGAAAGCUAAACCUCGAACAUCUUUGGAACUUGAAUUCGAUCCUUAUUGAAGAGACAGCACUGCAGGCUCUGGAAUAUUUUGAGUUGACAUGCCUCGAUGAUCUCAGAACUGUCCCCGAUGGCAUUCAACAUCUGAGGAAACUUGUUCGUGUCUCUUAUAUGCCAACUCAAUUUGUUGAGGAAAUUAUGGCUAUAUGUGAUUCGCGGGAAGCUGUAACCGAAGAUUCUCUCGGUACUUCUCCUGCGAUCCUUGAAACGGUGUAUCUGAAUUUGAUGCAUAGUGCAAGGCCCCUUAUAUUAUCAUUAUGUUUUCUAAGCUUCCUUCUAUAUUUUCAUCUUUUCUUUUCCGAGAGUAUCUAAAUUUUAGUUUGAGGGUGAAGAAUCCUACCAGCAACUUGAUCUUAUAUGUAAUUGAAGUUUAUUUCU